UGUGCAGUAAACCAGUGCAUAUUGUGUGUCACAAUUUCCCGUCCGGUCGAGUCGAAAUUUACUUCGCAAAAUAGUGUGCACGACGAACGCGACGACGACGAUCUUUAGUCACUGUGGAUUUCGACCUGAACAUUAUCAGAUUUAUCGAUGUCCUUUUCAAGUAUAUUUGACUUCAAACUUAACUUAAGGCAUGAUAGACUAAGACCAGCAAGUGACGGAUGGUAGUGCGAGAGGGUGACGUCCUGAAACCAGGUAUUCAGCUAUUUCACCGGGGACACACGGUACCGUACAUACAAAACACUCAGCACCGCUUUGCACCACACGUUUCAAGGCAGGCAUUGAUUGGCCAGUCAGGCCCCUCCAUUCAGCAAUGCCACUAACAUGAACGGGUCUCCAACGCCGCGUCGGAACCGGACGGCGUACGACUACCUGCUGAAAUUCCUCCUUGUCGGCGACAGCGAUGUAGGAAAGGGGGAGAUAUUGGGUCGGCUUGAUGACAGCGCCAACGACAUCACGUUUGGGACUUACACCAGUGUGAAUGGAGUUGAUCACAAGAUUACCACUAUUCUGUUGGAUGGAAAGAGAGUGAGAUUAGAGCUGUGGGAUACGUCCGGCCAGGGAAGGUUUUGCACUAUUCUCCGAUCCUACUCCAGGGGAGCGCAGGGCAUCCUGCUAGUCUAUGACAUCACAAGUCGAUGGUCGUUUGACGGCAUCGAUAGAUGGAUCAAAGAAAUUGACGAGCAUGCGCCAGGCGUGCCUAAGAUCCUUAUUGGUAACCGGCUGCAUCUAGCCUACAAGCGGCAAGUCAGCUCAGAGGAAGCCCAGAUCUACGCCGUCAAGAACGACAUGGUGUACUUCGAGGUCAGUCCCCUCUGUGACUUCAACGUGACCGAGUCGCUGACAGAGCUGUCGCGGGUGGUGCUGAAACGCAAUGGCAUGGAUCGGCUCUGGAGGACCAACAAAGUGUUGAGCUUGCAAGACUACUGUUGCCGUGUGAUAGUCAACUGCACGUCCACUUACACAAUCGACAAACUGCCUCUACCGCCCCAAAUGAGGUCGCGUCUCAAAUCGUUCGCUGACGCCAACCACAUGAACCGCUAUCUGCUGCCCCCAUUGGACUUGCGCUCCAAGAAGCGCAGAACUAUACUGAAUGUUAUGGACCCACCGUACUCGUCGCGGAAAAGCUGCGUCAUAUCGUGAUAGGAUGCAAUCUUGUUGUCUGCAGUAUGGUCCCGCCACGUCAAGACUGUCGCCCUUGUUGUGUUUCAUGCAAAACAGUUUUCAGUGGAUGUACGUGAUGCAGAUGUAGGUACAUUUGUACCAAGCCAGGAGCUGAAUCUCAUUGGAGACUUCUUAGCCAAUCAGCAUUGCCCUUCAUCAUGAUGGGUCUGCCAGGGGUCAACAGGUCAAUUUCAACCAUACAAAGCCAUGGGAAGGAGGUUGAUGAAUAAGGAUCGCCAUUACACAUUCUGUUCAGCUAAAAAGCUACUACAUGCAUUACAUGAACAAGAAAUUCUGGUUGAGUGUCAUACAAUGCAUUCAGCAGUGUUAAAUGUAAAGAUAAUGGCUGCGAUCUACAUGUAACGUCCUCAAUUCUCCAAAAUCUUCCAAACCUCUUAGUAGACUUUUAAUGAAAACAAAAGUAUGACAUCAACUACAUGAUGCUUAUCAAUGCCUACAGUGAUCUAAUUGUUGUGUCCGUGCAACAAGGUCGUAUCUCCUAAAAUGGCGUGUGACGUCAUGUACAAAAAACACGAGUUUUCAAUUUCAAAAGGUUGUAUCUCGCUUAAGAUAACCCGGAUGUACACACAAAGUCAAUGGACGUCGCGAGAUACGACCUUGUUGCACAGACAAUUCGCACAAUACACGACUUUGUUGCAGAAUGAGUUAUGACCUUGUUGCACUGACGUAAUAUCUAUGUCUUGGGCGUAACCCCAACCUUCCAAAAUCCUUCAAAAUCCCCCUGGAAUCUUUUGAUAAUUUGCAGGAUUGAGGAAGUUCAACCCAACUACUGAACUCCUAAUGUACAUAGGCCCUGAUACCCACUGAAAGUUUUGGAGUACAAAGAUUUGCCAUUUAGUUCUUGCAUGUCAGAGAAGCCGUGCAAGGCCGAGUCUGAGUCACAAAUCCUUUUGGUCGGUGGACCGGCGCUGACUCAGAACGAAACACAUUCAAGAAUCCACUGACUCGGCAACUUUGACUGGAGAAGAGGAAGCAGUUUCUUACUCCCUUGGGAGCAAGCAAGUUUGUCAUCUUCUUAAAAGCCGUACGUGACUGAUGACUGGUUACCCAAAGUUUUUGAGUUUGACUUUUUGUUGUUUUAAUAAUUGGACCUUUUCUGUUGGCUGAAGUGUGAAACUCUACAGUUUAAUUUUUGACUUCCUAGCCUGAAGAUUUAUUAUUUUUUUUAAUCUGAAAGGGAAACUCUUCCGUUUGAUUAUCUGUUAGUACGAGUCAGCAGAGUUGUACACGAGCCAAUCACAAGAAGGGUCAAGAGAAAGGAGUAUUUUGAGGUUUCAUUCUGCCUUAAAUUUCUAUCGUCGAGACGCUGAGAAACUACGAACUGAAAUCUCUCACUGGGGAUAUUUUGAAUGACUGGUUUCCUUUUUGUUUGAUGAUUAGACAUACAACAUAUUUGAUAUCAUUAGUUAAUCGGCCUGGUUUUCUUGUAUGCAUCCGUGACGGCAAUGUGUGCUAGUUAUGUUUCUUUCUAUUGCACAAUUUUUCAUUUCCAUCAUUGCUGAUAUGUGAACUCCGUGUAGCAAUUGAAGAUUUUGCUGUGACCUACUUAUGAGGGCCUGUAAAAGACACAUCGUAUGCGCAACUUAUGUGCAUUAACCUAUAGUGACUGCGUGUUACACAAAUGCAUCAAACAUGGUUGCACAGGGACAGUAAUUUUGUGCUCAAUUGUCACUCAAAAAUAUAGAGGGCUCACUUCUGCACAGAGUCCAUAUGUCGAGCAUGAGUGCAUUUUGUGAGGGUAAAAGACAUCCGACGUUGACAAUAAUAUACAUGUUGCCUAUUCUAAUUUCACUGAAACAAUGUGGCAGACAACCAAAACAUUUUAUAACAAGGUGAGGCUAAGAUGAAUCAGAAAGGACAUUUCAUGAAUUUAUUUCAUGAUAUCACAAAUGUUGUUUUUUACGCAAAGUGUUAUAAACAAAAUAAUUCUGUUGUAAAGACAUUUGCAAUGCACUAGAUGCAGUCUGCAAUUUCAUGGAGAAAAUUUGCACCUUUUUAACAUAAAAUUGCGAUCUUAUGAAUUUUUUUUUAAAGAAAACAUAUGUCAGCAUGUUCCUUUCAGGCCACCAUAAGAGGCCAUUGUAAAAUCCGUUCUUGUAGUUGUGCAUUGAUGGUAAUUUUUCAAAGCAUUGUAAAUAGACUUGUACAGAUGCUGCCAUUAUACACAAAUGGUGCGUGAACGUGUUCUGUAUAUAGAUGAAAUUGUGAAUAGAUUUUAAAAUGUAUUCAAUUUGGAUGAGAAUUACAAAUGGCAGCAAUAGAUUAAAGAAACGAGCAAAAAAAAAAGUUAUGCAAAAGUUCCAUGCAGGCUAAAAGAUAAAAUGCAUGGAAUUUACACAACUCGUACAUAUUUUGGUGCAUAUUUUCCUCUAAAUUUCACUGUAACUUGGCUCUUUACCAUUCUUCAAUAUUUUUGAUAUACUUGUUGAAAAUUUCAAUUAAUAUUCAGUUGGAAGUUCAUCAUAGCUACGUGGAAAGUUUUGGCAAAACAAAAAAUACAAAUUGCACAUGUUGGUCUGUGAAGUGCUUUGGUUUAAAUCAGAACCCUGGCUGAACAGGCUGAAAAAUAGUGAAAAAUUAUAAAUGUUCACAAUGUUGCCAUUAACAUGGAAUAAAUUUGCUUCCACAUUAUAGUCAUUCUUAAGUCAUUUCAUGUAAAAAUCUCAUGAUGGUAUAAAAGUAAGUUUAACCCUUACUUAGAUCCCCAAAUAAAAUGUUUUCCCUUUUUACUUCCCACCACUGAGUGUGUUGGUUUGUGCAGUUUGGCCAGGAAAUAUUAUGGUUUUAUUCCUAAUAUCUCCAAAUGUAGUUUUCCAACUUAUUCCAGAUUUCAAGAAAAGAUUUGUAGACAACCCGCUUAAGGUCAGUUAUUUGCAAGGUAAUUUAGUUUGCCAUAUGUUUAUUAUUGAGUAUAUGUUCCAUAAAAUCAGUUGUCUAUUUAUACAUGCACAUCAACUCUGUUGUUAUUAACUCAUAGCUGGUAUUAGUUUUGAAACUUUUCUAGAAAAAUUGGUUUGUAAUUUUGUUUGAGAAAUUACGUGAUCCACCUGAUUUUAAUUAUUUAAAAAGUCGUUUUUGUUGAAAUAUCUGUUGUUAUGCAAAUUCUUGUGUUAAACUGCUUUCUGCAUAUGCUUGAGAAUGCCAUGUGCUAUUCAUACAAAAUUAUGAAAAAGUUAAUUAUAAAAGAAAGUGUUUUGAAAUGGUUUUACAAAUUUGUUAGAUUUUUGUUCAGUUUUAUAAUUAAUAAAAAACCUAAAAAAUCAGUUAUCCAAUCACACAGCGGGAAUAUAAGGAUGCGCUCCUGUGUUCAGCAAAGAGUGAUUUUGAUUGGUUGAAAGUUUUCCAUUGUGAUUUUGCUGUACAUUCAGCAAUUUUUAUUGGUUGACUUUAUUUCCAUGAGUCUGUUCAAUUGAUUCAAUUGGUUAAAGAUUUAACCAGUUUUCUUGUUACUUUUAUUGGAUGUUAUGUUUUGAUGCUGUAUGUGUUGCUGUCGUUAUGGUGCUUGUGUUAUAAUGUAGGAUAAUUUUGACAGAAUUUUGUGAAUGAAAUGAACACUUUAAAUUUAUUGUGAAUACAGCAGUUUGUUUGAAUUAAAGCCUAAUUACAAACAAGA